CUCUAGUUUCAUUUUAGUGAAUAAACCGGUCAAUGUACUUCAAUGACUUGUUGUUCACAUGUCGAAUUCUUUUUUGUCAAAACCUGUGAAAAAGAAGGGCUGGUCCACUGUUCGUUGUUUGGCCAAUGCACGCCGAUUUUCGGGAAGGUAGCAAUUGGGUAUUGAGUGCUCAUUCAGAAAACAGUGAUGGGGAGAAGAAAUAAGAGACUCCAGGUGUUGCUGUGUGUAGCAAUUAUCGUUUGUAUCUUCCAAAUUGUCAACUCCAAGUGGAAUAUUUUUAACAUUGGAAAACACUUAUUUCAGUCUAGGACUACCAAGGCAGAGUUGAAAAGCUUGAACGACAUUGCAAAGGAUAGCAAAGCACCCUACCAGGGUGAAGCCCCAUCACCCAAGAGUUUCAAUCAUCCAGAUCUACGGAUCAUUGUGGUCGUUUAUAACAGACCCCAGCCCUUAGAACGUCUCCUCAAUUCUCUGAAUGAAGCCCAUUAUUUUAAGCAUAAUGUCGAACUAGAGGUUUGGAUUGACAGAUCAAAGAAGGAUGGGUCCAUACACAAUGCAACAUACUAUGCAGCGAGCAAGUUUAAGUUCCUCCACGGGGAAUAUAAAGUAUACAACCACACAAAACAUGUGGGUAUUUAUGGCCAGUGGAUCGACACUUGGAACCCCGCCCCCGACUCUAGGGAGAUUGCUGUCAUUCUAGAGGAUGACCUGACCGUGUCUAAACACUUCUACCUGUGGCUCAUCAACGUCCACAGGAAAUACGAUGACCGGACGGACCUGGCUGGCUAUGCUCUCCAGGGGCGCAGCAUGAAGCAUGGAGGGGCAGCAGGGAACCUGAGGGGCCCGGACAAGGAUGUAUGCUUCAUGUACCCCAUCCUAGGUACUUGGGGAUACUCCCCACACCUUAAGAACUGGCUGCGAUUUGUGGAGUGGUACAAGAACGUGUCAAAGGACCCCAGCUUCCAGCCCCUGGUCCCCGGAAUCCUACCCUCCCAGUGGUGGCAGGUGUUCCAAAAACAAGGUAAAACAGACGGCAUGUGGAGCAUGUGGCAUAUCUACCACGCUUGGAACAACCAACUCUGGACUUUGUAUCCGAACCUUGAGGAUUCCCGCGGCCUCACUAUCAGCUGGAAGGAGGCAGGGCUCCACUACAAGAAGGGGGACACCUCCGCCGACCCCAUACUGCAGGAGUGGAAACCAGUUUACGAGGACCUGCCCAGGGAACCAGCUAGAGUGGAUGUGAAUGGGAAAGUGCUUAGGUUUAAAAUACAGUAGCUAGGGGAAUAAAUGUGCAUUUAAAUCGAUUAUUACUGUAGUAAUUUAAAUCAGAUAGUCCCAUUCCAAAUUUAGAACAUUGAAAUAUUUUAAAAUGUUUAUGGGUUAGAUUGGGGAAUGAAGACAGAGAAUUUUUUUUGGAGUGUUAAGUCUCAUUAUUAUAUUCGAAAUAUAUACCCUUUCUGUAAGAAUGAGAGUCUACCAAUAUUUGAGGGUUUUUGAGGUUAGUUUGGGUGGGAGGGGGCAUGCAUUUUUUGUUUGACAUUUGGUGUAAUUAGGAAUGAAAACUACCAAACAGUUAAAAAAAUGUUUAGGGUUGGAUAAAAAAUUGUGGGUAAAAAAAAAUAUCAACGAAGCUUUAUUAGAGUGUAAUGCCAAUUAUUUACAUAUUUCGGAAUCCAUUGCGUUAAUUGAUCAAGAGUGACUCAGAGUAUUUUUUCCCACUGUUGAUUUCAUUAAUUUUUUAUUAUUGAACACUGCAUAUUAAUAAUGUAAUGAGGAAAGGAGAUUAACUUGUCUUGCCAACCACCAUUCAUGGCUAUGCAUAUAAAAGUCCCAUUAUCUUUUUUUUUAUAAUUAUAUACUAGUAUACAUAGAUUUUGUGUGUUGUGGUCUGAAGUAAUUUUGCUCAAGACAUUUCUUGUUGUAAUUUUUGUAUUGUUAGAAUCUUGCUUGGUAUAUAUACUCUAAGUGGUAAACUGGUGCACUGUGUGUGCUGGUUCCUAGAGGGCAUUGUGUUGUUUUGAUUUCUUGAAUACUCCUCCUUCUUUCUAUCUCACAGUGAAUUGUUUUAUUUGGGUUUUUUGUUUGUGUUUAUUGCAAAAGCGUUAGGUUUUUGGGAGAACCUACGCAUGCUUAGUGUAGAUCGAACCACUUGUUUGCAAAUAUACGUAGAUGCAUGUAUAUCAUUUCAAUUAGAUUCAUUUUGUUUCUGAAUCAUGAGGAUUCAGUUACAGAUUAAUGUUGUGACAAGGAAGAUAACUCCCAGGUGUACAGUAAAAAUUAAGGGGGCUGGAUGGUUUGUGGCCAUUUUACUCUGUAUUAAUCUCCUUAAAUAGAAGAGUUCUGUAUGAAUAUUUAGCAAAUAUUCAUAUAGAUUUCAAAGCUAAAAUAUAAGGAUUUUUUUGUUAUUGAAUGAUGGUUUAUAAUACUUGUAGCUAUAGACAUCAUAUCUAAACAUUUAAGGAAGAUCAGGCCCUGGUGCCAUAAAACUGAGACAAGCUUACUUUAGAUCUCAGUAUCACUUUUCCACUAUAUAUUCCUUUUGUAAAAGUGAGACUUAGAUCAAAAGUGACCUUGUCUAAGUUUUAUGGCCCCGGGGCCUGAUGGUUAAUUUGUUGACUACACAGCCUCCUCUAUACUGAGAUUUGAAAUUAAGAGGGCUUGAUGGCCAUGGCUAUUUUUAGACUGUAUUGGUCUCCUUCAAAAGGAGAGUUCCAUAUCAAAAUAUAGGAAAAUAUCCAAAUUCUGAAAGGUUAAAUUUCAGUGCAAUUUUUAUACUAAAUAAUAUUUUAUUUUGUUCCGGGUUUCUUACACGUGUCAACUAACUUAAACGGUAAAAUUUCAGUAAUAUUUCUAUGCUAAAUUAUAUUUUAUAGCUUAACAAUUCAUAUCUUAAAAUUCUAGGAAGAUAUGUUCACUUGGUUACCUAAUUUAUUGACUAUCCAGCCUCCUUUUUAAAAUUUGCAAGCAAAAAGUAAUAAUGAAUGCCACAAAUGUUAACACAAUGAUUAUCACAGUAUUAAACUACGCAAUAUAUGAAAACCUAUGAACUGGAAUGACAUUGUGAGUAAUGCAAAUGCACAAGAUAUGACUAUCCUGAAAAAAAGUUUGUUGUUUUGAUCUGAACUUUUUGAAGUUGAUUGAUUUGUUGGUAAUUUAAUUACAUUUUAUUUACAUUAAUGUUCAUUGUUGCAGUAUUAUCUAAAGCUUUGACAAUUGAGCUAUGAAGGAGGUUAUAAACAACGUCCUAGAUUAUAUAUGCAUAAUAAGGUUUUGUUUGUUUAAAAGUUAAUUUUACAAAAAACUUUUACAUAUGUUAAAUUGUUAAUAUUAUACAUGUAAUAAAUAAAUACAUUAGCUAUUUUUCCUUUUCUCUGCACACAAAUAAUCAAGAGUCCCAUUUUUCUAUAUUUUUUUACAUGCCUUAUUUUACAUACAUAUACAAUGUUUAUCCUUAUGACAUCACAAGAGUACCAUUCUUUUUUAGAAGAGGUUAUAUUUUCUUGCUAUUUUUAAGAGGCAAUUUGGCUUUGAAAACCUUGCCUUCAUAUGCUAUUUUUGUUCAUUUUUUGGCUUGAGAAGUGUUCUUGCUUUAAAUAUUAUUAAUAAUCAUAUUUUGUGCCAUUUUUGCUUUGAAAGUGUUCUUGCCUAAAAAUCUUUUUCUCUGGUAAUGUUUGUCUAGAAGGUCUUACAUUAUUGUUAAUUGCCAUAUAUAUACAACUUUGCAUUUUAUUUUUGUAUAGUGAUUUUUGUUAAAAAAAAAAUAAGCAGACAUAUCAUUUUCUUUAGGUUGUGAAAAAAUGUUAACUUUAUGGUUAUAUAAUAUAUAUAUAUAUAUAUAUAUUGCAUGUAUAACAUGCAAAGUAAUACAAAAUAAUCAGAGCACAUCUUUUUAUUGCAUUAAUUUUUGAAAUGCAAUGUAAUGAAAUUACAUUUCUAUUGUGUUAAUGAUUGUUUGAACUGAAUUGUCAUGAGAUUACAUUAUUGCAAAUCCAAUGCAAUGAAAUUACAUUAUUAUUGCAUUCAUUAUUGAAAUGCAAUAAAAUGCAAUAAAAUUCCCAUUGAAUUCAUAAUAUUUAGAUUUUAUUUCAUUACAUUCCAGGUGCAAUGUUAUCAUUAUUACAUAUCCAUUUCAUUACUUCCUUUGUUACAAUUUUAUAUACUAUUUCAUUAAUAUUUAGCAUAAUAUUUAUUUUGUUUAUUAAUGGAGUUAUAUAUCAGUUACAGAUGGAACAGCAGUGCAGGAUCAAUAACUAUUAAAUAUGAAACAAUUUGCAUAAAAUCAUGAGAUUUAAAAGUUAAAUUUGUAGGGUGGUCAGUUGACUUGUUAAAAAUAUCUUUAACGUGAAUUUAAACACAUGAAAUAGUUACAUAUAUAAGAACUGAAAGUUAAAUACAAUCAGAAUUAAAAAAAAAAUAAUGUUUACUAAGAAGAAGUUGUUUUGGUGUUAAUGUGUUGUUUAUUCUUGAUAUUUGUUAGUUAGAAAUUGCAUUCAACAUUUAACAUUUUAAGUGAAUUGUUGUUCAUGAAAUAAAAAGAUUACUAA